AUGUAAUUAUACACCUCAUUAUAUCGUUUUUCAAGAUUGGUUUCAAGAUAGAGAUUACCAUUAAAUUAAGCUGAUCCUACAAUACACAAUUUAAUAUAGGAGGAAAUAAAAAGAUAAAGAGAGAGUAUAAAUUUGAUUCCAUCUGAAAACCAUAGUUCAAGAGCUGUAUUAGAAGCAUUAGGAUCUGUAAUGUCAACAAAAUAUGCAGAAGGUACUCGGAAUAAUAUAAAUAUGUAUAGGUUAUCCUGGAGCAAGAUAUUAUGGAGGAACAUAAGUUUAUGAUAAAGUGGAAUUGCUAUGUUAAUAAAGAGCAUUGAAUGCAUUUAAUUUGAAUUAGAAUGAAUGGGGUGUAAAUGUUUAAAUGUUGUCUGGUGCUCCAGCAAAUUUUGCAAUUUAUACAGGGUUAUUAGCACCAAAGGAUAGAAUAAUGAGUUUAGAUCUUCCACAUGGAGGUCAUUUAUCUCAUGGAUAUUAAACUGAAACAAAAAAAGUAUCUGCUGUAUCUAGUUAUUUUGAAGUAAUGCCAUAUAGAUUAAAUGAAGUAAUAUAUAUAUAAUAUAAAUAUAAAGGAAACAGAACUUAUAGAUUAUGAAUAAAUGGAAAUAUUAGCAAGAGCAUUUAGACCAAAAUUAAUAGUUGCAGGAGCAUCUGCAUAUGCAAGAAUAAUAGAUUUUUAAGCUAUUAGAAAAAUUUGUGAUAGUGUUAAAGCAUAUCUAUUAGCUGAUAUUUCUCAUACUGCAGGAAUGAUGGCAGCAGAAUAAUUACCUAGUCCAUUUCCAUAUGCUGAUGUUGUUAUGACUACUACUCAUAAAUCGUAUCAUAUUAUUUAUUCAUUUUUCAAGAAUGAGAGGACCAAGAGGCAGUCUUAUUUUUUAUAGAAUUGGUUAAAAAGAAAUUGAUAAAAAUGGUAAACCUGUUAAUUAUGAUCUUAAAUCUAAAAUUGAUUAAGCUGUCUUUCCUGGUUUAUAAGGAGGACCUCAUUUUCAUACUAUUACUAGCAUUGCUGUUGCAUUAGAAGAAGCUAAAACUCCGGAAUUCUAAAAUUAUUAAAAAAAUGUUUUAUUAAACAGCAAAAAAUUAGCUGAUGAAUUAUUAAAAAGAAGUAAGUAUCAUUUCUAUUAUAUAUUCAAGACUUUUCUUUAGUUUCUGGAGGUACUGAUAACCAUUUAGUUUUAGUCAAUCUAAAACCUAAAUCUAUUGAUGGUGCUAGAGUAGAAUCUAUUUUACAAGCUGUCAAUAUUUCAGUUAAUAAAAAUACUGUACCUAAAGAUAAAUCAGCUUUAGUACCUAAUGGUUUAAGAAUGGGGUAUAUAUAUUUAUAUAAACAAUAUUAUUUUUUUAGGUCAGUUCCUAUGACAUCCAGAGGCGUUAAUUAAGAUGAAUUUGCUUAAAUUGCUGACUUUAUUGAUCGUGGUGUUGCUAUUGCUUAAAAACUUAAGGGAGAAACUGGACCUAAAGUCUAAGAUUUCAAAGAUUGGUUAAACAAAAAUGCUGAUUAACAUCCUCAUAUACAAAAACUCAGAAAUGAUGUUGUUUCUUUCAGUUCUCAAUUCCCUGUUCCUGGAUUGGAUUGA